AGCAGGGAUGAGCUUGGGCCUAUUCUUGGAUUUUUGCGUGUCGAAUCCGGCACGAGAGCCCGUAUCUUCCCGUCUGCGUCCGGCCCCAGUGUUGAGCCUGCAUCCGGCGUGAGCCCCAAACGCUGUAAGCGGCCCGCGCGAUUAUCGCGACGUCCACGGAGGAGCCGGCCCGGGAGGACCGGGCGCCAGCGGGCGAAGCCGUCCUCCUCGGUGGGGCCGCGUCACCCUCCGCCGCCGCUCCCAGCGAGCGGAACAUGAAGUCGCUGAUGCCGGACGUGUACGCCGACCAGCUAAGGGAGCUCAACCCGCUCAUCUGCUACGUGCAGUGCCUGCGCGAUCACGCUGACGAUACCUCCAAUGCCAGCAAAAAGCCCCACAUUCGGUCCAGUGCAUUCAAACACUUGAAGAACGAAAGUUGCGUCAAAAAUGGGGAAGGAUUUGCUAUUGCGGUGUCUCUACAAGACGGAACAAUCAUUUACGUAUCUGGCUCCAUCACCUCUCACCUUGGCUAUUCAAAGGAUAUGCUCCUCGGUCAAUGCAUAAUGAAUUUCCUGUACCCCCGGGACCGCAUCACCUUCGCCAAUCACCUAAGUCAUGGCCUCAACUCUUGGUUCAAUGAGGACGCCAAAGGUAUUUGCCACAACCGAAGCCAGAGCACCUUCCUAUGCAGAUUCAGGCAAUACCAGAGCCUGAAAUUCGGCUACGGCAUCUCGGACAAGAAGGUGCAGUACAGGCCCUUCCAGAUGUCCGUUUACAUCAAGGACGCCGCCAACGGGGACGACGUCAGCGUCGAGAACGCCUCCACCGCCAUGUGCCUCGUCGUCACCACGGUCGCCAUAAAGACGGCCUACAGGGUGCCCGCAGAAACUCCCGCCAUGACCUGCUUUUCCACACGCCAUACUGCAUCCUGCCAUUACAGCCACGUUGAUCUCAGUGCUGCAGUCUACCUGGGAUACUUGCCUCAAGACAUGCUGGGCCAUUCGGUGUUCGAUUUUUACUGUCCGGAUGACAUGGAGCUGCUGAGGGACAUUUACGACCUGGUGAUGAAGGAGCAAGGCCACUCUUUCAGAAGCAAGCCGUAUCGUUUCAGGGCACUCAAUGGAUGCUAUAUUAAACUCGAGACAGAUUGGUCCUGCUUUAUUAAUCCUUGGACGCGCAAGCUGGAAUUCGUGGUUGGGCAGCACCGGGUUGUCGAGGGUCCGAGGAAUCCGGACGUGUUCACAGAGCCAUCGCCCGGUGACAUCACGGGGGCCCAGUCUCUGACCGGGGAAGCCCUCAACAACAACAGGCUCAUACAGGAACAGAUCAAGGACAUCCUCUCGCAGCCCGUGAAGCCUCGAGAAAACAACAACCUGCGGCAGCGAUCCAACAAGAGGCGAAAAGAGCUCGCAUCUUUCGUCAGCACACUCGUUGGCGAGAUGACGCACAAACGAGCCGACAAAGGAGAGGAACAAGUAACCGUAACCGCUGAAGGCUGCACAUGUUCCGACCUAGGAUCGGUUGUGAUGGGAGAGAUCUCACCGCACCAAGAACUCCAUGACUCGGAUCCAUCUAGCGAGUCCCCACCAAACAUUCAGGAGAUAAGAUACCAGGAAAACAUUGAGAGGUUCUUCGCAAGCAACCCGAAGACAAAUUCGGCUGACGAACCUGCAGAGAUGAAGAUUGACAACGACCGAAAUUCGCCCGAAAACCGAGAAGAAGAGGCCAUCAAGGCCACAGCUUCGCCGCAAUCCUCCGAGGACAAGUCGGCCUCGGACUUUGCGGUGGUCGACAGCAACUACGCCAGUGCCGAAGGAAGCGGAGUGAGCGGUAUCAGAAGUGGGAGCGGCAGUGGAAGCGGAAGCGGAAGUGGAGGAGGAAGCGGCGGAAGCGGCUCCGGCAGUGGCGGCGGAGGCAGCGCUGGCGCGCUGGGCGGCCGUAGCUCGGACUCCAAACGCAAGCACUCUUCGGUCACCACGGGCGACUCCGGAAAUGAGUCCUUAACGGUCAAGGAGCAGCAGAUGCGCGCAAGCAGCAGCAGCAGUAGCCGCAACGGCAGUGCGGGAGCCGCGAGCGCGGACGACAAGUACCCGCCCUGCCCGCCGCUCACCGAGGAGGUACUCCUGCAGUACAACAGGCUCGCUCACAAGCACAUGAAACAGCAACAGCUGCAGCAGCAUCAGCAUCAGCAGCAGCAUCAGCAUCAGCAGCAGCAGCAGCCAGCGGUAGGCGGCGGAGGGGGCGCGGCCGCGGACAAGGACAGCCAUCGGCUCAAGCGCAGCGGCUCGCCGCUCGUCAACUCGAACCUGCACAAACACAACAAGUCAUGCAGGGACAGCACGGCGGCCGACGGCUCGGCAUCUGCAAACGCUGCAUUACCGUCGCCGUUUCCUCCACUGCUGCACGCCGCCGCAUCACUGGUCAACUCGCAGCCAGACAACGUGGCUGCGUUCGUCCCCAACUUGGCCAUCCCCACCUACACCUACGUGCCGCUAGGGAGCACGCAGUCCCCUGCCAGCACGACGCCAUUUCUCAUACCGGUGAUGUACGUGGGAGGCGUGCCGCUGUACCCUUCGCUGCCGACGGGCGACGGGCCUCAGUCCAAGGGCAUGUGGCAGUGCGGCGCCCUGCCGCUCAUGCCGCUGUGGCAGCAGCCGCCCGUCAACGGAGGCGCCAACAGCGGUCAGGAGGCGACGAAGGCCGACGCCAAGACACCAGGAGCACCGACCGGGGCUGCCACCGAGAAGACCCCCGACGACGCGCUGAGGAAGCCUUUACAAGAUACGGCGGACAAGACGAGCGGUCCAGCGACCAUUACGGGUCUCGGCGACAACUCCGUCAACGGCGGCAGGGGUGGCGGCGGCGGCGCUGAGAUGGAGGGUUGCUCGAUGCGGCCCUUCAAACCGUACUCGACGGGUUUCGGCUCCAGUUCGGGAACCGGUGGUGCCAAGGCGGACGACCGGCGCCACAGCCAGAGCACCGAGAAAGACAUGCACCAGGACGACUCCGUCUCGCUCUCGUUCGAGUCAUCCUUCUUCGAGAAGUCCGAGAACUCGGAAAGCCAGUUCUCCUCAGAAAAGUCCUCUGAGGACACGGACUCCGAGAUGAAGGAGCGCCGACGCAGGCAGCCCGCACGGGCCGUGCUGCGAGAGCCGCACUGGACCGAGGGCGUCUCGCUGACGUCGGACCUGGUCUACCGGUACCAGAUGCGCGCGCCCGACGCGGCCGACGUGCUGCGCGGCGACAGGGACAAGCUGCAGCGGAUGCAGCAGCCGAGGCUCGUCAACGAGCAGCUAUCCGUGCUGCAGCUCGAGCUCGACGACGAGCCCGGCUGCGCAGAGGACGAACCCAUGGGAUGCGCAAAGGUGGCUUCCUCGCCUUCCGUGGGACUUGGGUCGUCGCAGACCGCGGCGGCUCUUCCGGACGCCGCAGCGGAAACCGCGGCGCAGAGAUACGCCAUGUACGCCAUGGAAGAGGACGACCUCACACAGGAGGUGGAAGUGAAAGAAGAACGCAUUCUGUCCUCGUUUGACCCUGACUUUGCUCUCGCCGACUCCGACGCUGAAUUUUGAUUGGCAAUCAUCGUGGUUCUCUGAUUGGAUCCCGCUCACCGUGCCAGACUUUCUAGGAAUAAAGAAGAAAAAGAAAGAAAGAAAUGGAAGACAAGUGGGACAUCGCUGCUCUCUUCUCCUCCCUCCUUCUCCUCCUCGUUCAAGCAUCGCGCAGCGAACAUAACGGCCUCCCGGACGGCGAACGCUCAAGAUUCCCGUCCGGGUUGCCGCGCUGCGCACUCCAAGUGUGGUCGCACCUGUUCAUCGCCUGUGUACGUCUGUCCGUAACUCUUCUGAUCAAUAAAGACCACUUACCAUAGCCUGGGGCUAGGCUUCCUUGCAAUGCGCCUCUCGUAAAGCCGAGUUGCGAAUCUCAGAGGCCAUAGAGUUUGGCUGUUACUUUUCUACAUAUUACACUUGAUGGCGCUCCUAAACUGCAAGCGUAGAAACACAGGUUAUCAUUUUUUUUAAAUUCUUCCGGAAUCUUUUAAAAAUCGCCUGUGGCAGGUAGUAUAAUUCUUGUUCUUGAGCUGGAUUAUUCUAGAGGCGGGCAUUACUAGCAUCGUAUACCGAAGCACACAUUAACUAAUUAACAAAUAUUCUAUACUUAACUUCAGAAUUAAUUACCUUAUGGCACUUAUCGCAAUUUGCGAAGUGUAGGCGGGCGAGCUUGCAAGACCUAUUUGUUCGAAAUGAGUCUCCAGGAGGACACUGGUUUUGAGAUAUAUUUUUUUCAGAGUUUGAGAAGAAAUACAUAGGUACCCCAGUUACUUUUGUGCUUCAAUGCAUAAAACAUCGUUUUGUUAAAAAACAGAAGUGAAGUAGUUAAUUUACCCGCCGUGGUUGGUUCGUGGCUAUGUUGUUGGGCUACUGAGCAUGAGGUCGCGGGAUCGAAUUCCGGCCCCGGUGGCUGAAUUCCGAUGGGGACGAAAUACGAAAACACCCCUGCAUUUAGAUUUAGGUGCACGUUAAAGAACCCCACGUUGUCCAAAUUAUUCCGUAGUACCUCACUACGGCGGGCU